GGGAGCGGGGGCGCGCACAUCUUCCGCAUCUGGAAACGCGGCAGUAUCUUCAGCGGUAGCAUCCGCAUCUUCUGAGACUGCAGCCUCGGACUCAUCCUUUCUUCUUUCGUCCCCCUUCCCAAAGGAGUACUCUUCCCUUCGCCCCACACCUUGGACGUGAACUUCUCUUGACUGAGGACUAUCAUGACUAGUUUGAAAAUGGAAAACCAAGUACCAACAGAUUCUUCUCAAAACGCGCAACAGUAUAUCAUUUCAGAGGAGGUAAUUUCAGAAGGAAAAUGGGUCAAGCUUGAAAAGACAACAUACAUGGAUCCAGCUGGUAAAACUAGAACUUGGGAAACUGUGAAACGUACAACCAGAAAAGGACAGUCAGCUGAUGGUGUGUUAGUCAUCCCAGUGCUGCAAAGAACUCUUCAUUAUGAAUGUAUCAUUCUGGUAAAACAGUUCAGACCACCGAUGGGAGCCUACUGCUUAGAAUUCCCAGCAGGUCUCAUAGAUGAUAAUGAAAGCCCAGAAGCAGCUGCUCUUCGGGAACUUGAGGAAGAAACGGGCUAUAAAGGUGAUAUUGCCGAAUGUUCUCCAGCUGUGUGUAUGGAUCCAGGUUUGUCAAACUGUACCACACACAUUGUGACAGUCACUAUUAAUGGAGAUGACCCUGAAAAUGUAAGACCUAAGCCCAAACCAGGAGAUGGAGAAUUUGUGGAAGUAAUUUCUUUACCAAAGAAUGGCCUGCUACAGAGACUUAGUGCUCUGGUGACUGAAGAGCACCUGAUAGUGGAUGCCAGAGUCUAUUCCUACGCUCUAGCCCUGCAGCAUGCAAACACGAAGCCAUUUGAAGUGCCCUUUCUUAAAUUUUAAGGACAGUGGCCAUAUGUUUUUAUAAAGAAGACCACCAUUCCUCCGCUAAGACUUUGUAUUCAACUUAGUUUAAUGUAGAUUUGAAGUUAGCUUUUUCAUAAAAUAAAAGAAAAAAAUACUUGUGGUAGUUGGAAUUGUAAUUACAGAUAGGCUGAGCUAUCAUUUAAAUUCCAGCUAAUAUUGAAAAACACCACAAAUGCAGACACAUUUAAUCUAGAUUUGGUUUUGGGGUUUUUUUUGUUGUUGUUGUUUUGUUUUGUUUUUUAAGUUCAGCUGUUAUCUUUCUAAUCUAAUACAGAGAAAAGUCUUUCUAUAGGAAAAUAGAUCUAAAUGCCCAACAGGGUGAACCAUUCCCACCUUUAACCCCAAAUUUACAAUUCUGUAGUUGGGUAUGCAAAUAUUAAUAACUGCUCACUGUAUUAGUGUUUAAAACAGAGUUUACCCACCUUAAAAACUUGACUCCUCGUAAUUGAAUUAUCUGUUACAUAGAAUUAAUGUGUAGCGUAUGUAAGCUCAAGAGAAUAAGGUCUCUGAUGAGCAAAUGUUUACACUUAGCUAACAUCCUUAUAGCUGCCUACUUACUGAACCUGAAUCAGCUCUUAGGUAAUAAAAAAUGGUUGAUUCUGUUCAUAUACCAAAGUUAAGAGACUAAUGAAAAUACUGGGCCCUUCCCUGUAUUCAUCCUUAACGCAAAAAGUAUUUGAAACUUCCAAAAACCAAACAGCAGUAAGAUUUACAUGAUUUGGGGCAUAACAGUCUUAGUAGUAAACUCUUGAGUGUAGCCAGCAAGGUCAGCAAGUACUGUAAACCCAGGAAAAAAUGGAACUGUUUCUACUCAUGCCCUGGCUAACGCCCUUGUCAUCCAAGUCUGUCACUGACCAAGGCUUCAUGCAAUUCCAAGGGUGUUGCUUUCUCAGUUCAUGUGCCUGCCUCCACCUCCAACCCCCAAGUCUCAGAGCAAUUCUCCCUGGUCAUGUUUUCAGCAGCUGCCAGUCCCUCAGAACUAGAUAAAAUCAGGGUACUAGUGCUAGAGAUGCUACAAUACAGUUCAUUUGUCUAUAGGUUCAUUUUGUUUUCCAGAGAUAUCUUUUUGAGCAAAAAUGCAAGAUCUUCAAGAACACUAGAUUUCUUAAACAAGGAUAAAAAGAAAUGUAGAAGUAGAGAACUUUAUAGCAAAGUCCACUCCCCCUAGAAAUACUGAGAAAAUUAAGCUCCAUCUAUCUAUGUGCUAACAUGGUAAUCUUCCCUGUGCUGCUAAUCAUUUUUUAAAUCCUUAUUUUUAAUCAUGGACAUCAUAAUUUUCUAGAAAUCUAAUCCUUUUCUCUGAGCACUCAAGGACCAAGUCCUAUAAUUUUCCUUGUUACCACCCUCCCUCAAAAUCAAGAAGAGAUGGGCAUGUAUAAGAUAUAUAGACUCAGUAUCUCCAAAUAGACCAGCUCUUUCAAAGACUCCCCCAGGGAAUUGAGAAACAUAUUCUUAAAUGCUGGAAGAAAGAGAUUUAUAACCCCUACCUAUCCUCUGCCUUUUUCUCUUCCUAAGAGAGCAAUUUGGAAGUGACAGCUAAACUGCAUAACAUAUACUGACUGCUAUUUGUUAUCUAUAAACAUCAAAACAGUCAGUUUGUGGACUGGCAGUCUGGAUGUUUUCAAUGGCUGGCACUAUUAAUUUGCUAGCGUUUAAAAGUUAAAGCCAUUAUUUCUAUCUUGUCUUGAAAACAAAACCAGGUAUAACAACACUAGAUCCACAUCUCUGGUAACCUGAGACCCUUAGGAGAUAUUCUCCAGUGACCUUACUCCUGUUUGUCAGCCUUAUUUUCCAUCUGCCUUGCCUCUGUAACUAUUUAGCGUUGUGUUCCUAAUUUUAAAUAAGACGUAUUUCCUGUACUUAAUAAGAAACCACGUGAUGAUGGAAACCAUAAUUCUAAAAACGAUGUCUUUUAAAUAAGUUUGAUCUCAUUUUGGACAAUAAAGCACAGAUUUUAAGAAGUAAAUCAUUUAUAAAGAAAUAUUUCAA